AUGGAGCUCAGGGACCCCAAGAACCAGGAGGAUGGGGACCCGGAGGAGGACACAGCCACGGCCCUCCAGAGGCUCGUGGAGCUGACGGCCACCAGGGUGACCCCAGUGAGGAGUCUGCGUGUCCAGUAUCACCUCAUCCGGAAGCUCGGCUCCGGCUCCUACGGCCACGUGCUUCUUGCCCGGCCUCGCCGAGGGGGUCCGGCUGUGGCUCUGAAGCUCCUACCUCGGGACUUGGUCCUGAGAACCACUUUCCUGAGAGAGUUCUGUGUGGGCCGCUGUGUCUCAUCACAUCCAGGCCUGCUCCAGACCCUGGCAGGACCCCUGGAGACCCCCCGACACUUCGCCUUCGCCCAGGAGUAUGCGCCCUGUGGGGAUCUCAGCGGGAUGCUGCAGGAACGGGGCCUCCCAGAGCUGCAGGUGAAGCGGGUGAUGGCCCAGCUAGCUGGAGCCCUGGACUUCCUCCAUGGCCGGGGGCUGGUCCAUGCGGACGUCAAGCCAGACAACGUGCUGGUCUUCGACCCUGUCUGCAGCCGUGUGGCCCUGGGUGACCUGGGUCUGACCCGGCCUGAGGGCAGUCCAACCUCUGCCCCGCCAGGGCCACUGCCCUCCGCCCCACCCGAGCUCUGCCUCCUGCUGCCCCCUGACACCCUGCCCCUGCGACCAGCAGUGGACUCCUGGGGGCUGGGGGUGCUUCUCUUCUGUGCGGCCAUUGCCUGUUUCCCUUGGGGCGUGGCGCUAGCCCCUGACCCUGAGUUCGAGGCCUUUGCUGGCUGGAUGACCACCAGGCCCCAGCCACUUCAACCACCGCCCCCUUGGGACCAGUUUGCGCCCCCGGCUCUGGCACUGCUCCAGGGGCUUCUGGACCUGGAUCACCAGACUAGGAGCCCUCCACUGGCUGUCCUGGACUUCCUGGGGGAUGAUUGGGGGUUAAAGGAGAACAAAGAGAGAUCUGGGGGCUUGGGGAGUAUGUCCAGUGACGAUGGGGAGGGGGAGGAAGAGGGAGGAGCAAGCCUGGAAGAGUGGUCAGAGGAGGAGGAGAAUGACGACAAAGAUGGUGGGAGGACGCGGACAGAUGGGGGAGAGCCCUGA